AUGAUAGAUCCAAGCUCGUCCGAGGAGGAGAGCGAGGAGGAUCAGAGCACCCACCAUGGCGGCGGCGGUGGUGGCGGCGGCGGUGGCCGUGCCGGAAGCGGCAGUUCUCACGGCUCUCGCCGCCAUCCCGGCAGCAUUGGAAGCGGUCCGGGUUCCGGUAGCGUCGGUUCGCUCGCCUCGGGCCUCACCGCUUCACCCGGUGGUCCGAAUCACGUGGGUCCGCCCGGCUCCGGGGGUGCCCAUGGAUCCGGUGGCCGCGGUGCUGUGGGCCCGCAGGAUGCUGCCGGCCUGGACGUGCCCAAUCUCGCUAGCGCCAGGAACUCUCUGUCGCCGUCGAUGAGCGCGGCUCAGGACGCCGCCAACUAUGCCCAGCGGCCCACCAGCCCGUCUCCCUCGGUGGCUAGCGAGAAGACAGAAGCGGAACUGCAGGACAAACAAGAGAGGGAGGAAGAAGAGAGGAAAACGCGGAUCCAGCUUUACGUCUUCAUAUCUAGAUGCAUCGCUUAUCCGUUUAAUGCUAAACAACCGAUGGACAUGACACGACGGCAGAUGAAAGUGACGAAGCAACAACUGGAGACCAUAUGUUCACGUUUCCAGAGUUUCCUGAAGGGCGAGACGCAGAUCAUGGCCGACGAGGCGUUCCACAACGCUAUACAGAAUUACUUCGACGUGUUCCUGAAGUCGGAUCGCGUGGUGCGGAUGGUGCAGAGCGGCGCCUGCACUCAGCUCGACUUCCGCGAGGUGUUUAAGAAGAACAUCGAGAAGCGUGUUCGGAGCCUCCCGGAAAUCGAUGGACUGAGCAAAGAAACUGUGCUUACGUCCUGGUUGGCCAAAUUCGAUUGCAUUUUGAAAGGUACUGGUGACGAUGAUAGCAAACGGCCUACCAGGAUGCAACAGCAGUCUUUGAACUCGGAGCUGAUACUGUCGAAGGAGCAGCUGUACGACAUGUUUCAGCAGAUCCUUGGCAUCAAGAAGUUCGAGCACCAGCUUCUGUUCAACGCCCUCCUGUUGGAUUCAGCCGACGAACAGGCUGCUGCCAUCAGGAGGGAGCUGGACGGUCGCAUGCAGAAGGUCAACGAGAUGGAGAAGAACCGCAAGCUCAUGCCCAGGUUCCUCCUGAAAGAGAUGGAGUCGCUCUACAUCGAGGAGCUCAAGUCGUCUAUCAACCUGCUAAUGGCUAAUUUGGAGUCGUUACCGGUCUCCAAGGGUUCGAUAGACAGCAAAUACGGGCUGCAGAAGCUGAAGCGCUACAACCAUCGUGGUGAGCGCUCCCGCUGCCGCGGCCAGGGCUCCCUCGCUAAACUGGAGGGCGACUCCGCCGAUUCCGAUCCCCAGCUGACGAAAAUGGACGUCGGCCUGACCUUCCAGCUGGAAGUAGUCGUAAUGGAGGUCAAGGGCCUCAAAAGCCUAGCACCCAAUAGAAUAGUUUAUUGCACCAUGGAGGUGGAGGGCGGCGAGAAGCUGCAGACCGAUCAGGCCGAGGCCUCCAAGCCUAUGUGGGACACUCAGGGUGACUUCACGACCAUGCACCCGCUGCCGGUGGUCAAGGUCAGAUUAUACACGGAGAACCCGGCGAUGCUGGCGCUCGAGGACAAGGAGCUGGGCAAGGUGAUCUUACGACCCACUCCGCUCUCCUGCAAGGUGCCCGAGUGGCAUCGUAUGACCGUGCCCAAGAAUUGCGCCGAUCAGGAUCUACGUAUGAAGAUCGCCUGCCGUAUGGACAAGCCGCUCAACAUGAAGCACUGCGGCUAUCUGUACGCGAUGGGCAAGUCCGUGUGGAAAAAAUGGAAGAAGCGGUACUUUGUGUUGGUCCAGGUCUCGCAGUACACAUUUGCGAUGUGCUCGUACAAAGAAAAGAAAAGCGAGCCGUCGGAAAUGAUGCAGCUCGAUGGCUAUACAGUGGACUAUAUCGAGGCCGUUUCUGCUAAUCUCAUGGUUGGCAUGGAUUUAGAGGGCGGCAGGUUCUUCUUCAACGCUGUGCGCGAGGGUGACAACAUAGUGUACGCCUCGGACGACGAGAACGAAUGUCACUUGUGGGUGAUGGCGAUGUACCGGGCGACUGGUCAAUCGCACAAACCCACCCCGCCGGUCUCGGUGGCCGACAAGAACUCCACCAUCAGCAAGAUUCAGGGUGACGCUGAUCGUGCGAAGAAACACGGCAUGGAGGACUACAUCAGCGCGGACCCGUGCAAAUUCGACCACCAUGCUCUGUUCAAAUAUUUGCAGAACUUGAUCUUGGAUUACAGACUGAACGAUCCCUACUGCUCGCUCGGCUGGUUCUCGCCCGGACAAGUUUUCGUGCUGGACGAAUAUUGCGCCAGAUACGGCGUGCGCGGAUGUUUUCGACAUCUUGGCUAUCUUCACGAUCUGUUGGAUAGACUUGAUCGCGGAAUCAUGAUCGAUCCGACAUUGAUACACUAUAGCUUUGCCUUCUGUGCAACUCACGUUUACGGUAAUACAACGUCCGCCGAUGGAGUGGGCUCGAUCACCCACGAGGAAAAAGAUAAGUUUCAGGAGAUCAAGGAGCGGCUCAGGCAGAUUCUCGAGAAGCAGAUCACCAACUUUAGGUAUGGUUUUCCAUUCGGGCGUCCGGAGGGUGCACUGAAAGCAACCUUGUCUCUUUUGGAACGCGUCCUGAUGAAGGAUAGUGUGACGCCUGUGCCGCAAGAGGAAGUGAAAGCGCUGAUAAAGAACUGCCUAGAAACGGCGGCGUUAGUUAAUUACACUAAAUUGUCCGCCGAAGCGAAAAUCGAGGAUGAUCUGAGCGGCGAGGUGUGCGUGCCUCCCAACAAGAAGCUGGAGGAUCUCACACGCCUCGCCGAAAUGUGCGUCGACUUGCUCCAGCAGAACGAAGAGCAUUAUUCGGAGGUAGCGUUCGCCUGGUUUAGCGACCUUAUGGUGGAGCACGCCGAAAUCUUCUGGUCGCUCUUUGCCGUCGACAUGGACAAAGUCCUCGCAGAGCAACCGCCCGAUACGUGGGACAGCUUCCCGCUGUUCCAGAUAAUGAACGAUUAUCUCAGGACCGACGACAACUUGAAGAAUGGAAGAUUUCAUCAGCAUCUACGCGACACGUUCGCGCCAUUGGUGGUGCGUUACGUUGAUCUGAUGGAGACAUCGAUCGCUCAGUCGAUCCAUAAGGGUUUCGAAAAGGAGCGAUGGGAAAUCAAGGGAAACGGUUGCGCCACUUCGGAGGAUCUUUUCUGGAAGUUGGACGCGUUGCAAUCGUUUAUCGGUGGGUUACAUUGGCCCGAUCAGGAAUUCAGGCAACACCUCGAGCAGAGGUUGAAGUUGAUGGCCUGCGACAUGGUAGAAUCGUGCAUACAGAGAACCGACGCGGCCUUCCAACAGUGGUUGAAGAAGGGUGUAACCUUCAUCUCCACCGAUUACAUCAUACCAUCAGAAAUGUGCGCUAUGGUGAACGUUAUUUUGGACGCUAAGAAUCAGAGUUUUAAGCUUUGUACUGUUGAUGGUGUUGAUGUGCAUCAAUAUCAUUCUAAGAUCGAUGAUAUGAUUGAAAAGACGUCAGCAGGAAUGAAUCAAGGGAUGAUUAAUAAGCUCAUAACGGUACUGGAAGCGACGCUCUCGAAGCUGUCGCGUUACGACGAGGGUUCCCUCAUCGGCUCCAUUCUCAGCCUUACGAAGGUAUCAGGAAGUGGGAAAGAAAUGGGACAAGCCUACGUGAACUUCACGAGAAACUGCAUGGAUCAGAUUCGCAGCAAGGUCCUCGAUGAAUUGUGGAUUUUGACUUUCUUCGAGCAAUGGUACACGGCGCAAAUACAAAUGCUGUGUAACUGGUUGUCUGAGCGGCUUGAUCAUAGCCUGCAUCUAUAUCAAUGUACCUGCCUAGCUCACAUCGUGAAGAAGAUCUAUUCGGAUUUCGAGCUCCAGGGUGUCAUGGAGGAGAAACUCAACACGAAGACAUAUCAGACUAUAGAGAAGAGGAUGAAGACGGAAGAAGCAACUUGUGCCUUAACCAUGAGCGCUCAGAACGAAGAAGGGCUUUCGGAGAAUGGCAAUGACGACGAGGUGGAGAGACCUAAGACAAAAGUGACGAUCGUUGAGACGGAAGAUGCGAAUUACGUGGCCAAUUUGAGCAAUCUGAGCAACGUCACCUCGAACGUUGUCGGCAAAGUCGGUAGCAUGUUCGGCAAGGGCAUCGGCGGUCUUUCUACAAAAUUCGGCUCAGCCAGCAAUUGGUUCUAGUUAUUGUUUCUAGCACUCUGCCAGUAAACCUUACAUUCGACUAGUACGUUCCUUCGUCUAAAUAAGGGGAUGCGAACGAGAAGACUUCUAAAGGCGUAGCCAGUAUCCUAUAGGCACAGUACGAUCUAGAGUUUUGUCCAUUUAAAACGAAUGGUACGAUGCAAUCAAUCGGAUCAGGUGGCUUUUAUCGUGUCGCAGUGUCGUUUCGAUUUUAUUCGUGGCUUUUCUUUGAGAUGUUCGGCAACUCGAGGGAACGUUACGCGUGAGCAAAAUUACUCGUUGAUCAAUCGUGAUUGAGGAAAAACUCUCUGUUGGUUUUACUAUUUCCGUUUACCCAGAGACAUAGUUCUCAGAUUUGAGUUAAAACAGUAAUGCAUAAUUCGAGGAUUCGGAUUUCAAUUGACCGGUUUACCGUUUACGUUCGAUCUCAGGUAAUAGCGAUCACGUAGUCGAAAUACAUUCGGAAAGGCUGAUUGUAUGCGCGAGGAAACGCAUGAUAUAGACCAGAGUAAACGCGUAGAUAUUUAAUCAUAUUACAAACAAAGGUAUAUGUAUAUAAACGUACAUGUGUGCAUAUGCAACGUGUAAUUAUGAGAUAUUCGUACAUUUUGUCGUGGUCUGCAUGUGCCAGAUCAACGUCGUUGAUAUAUAACAAAUAUAUAUAUAUAUAUUUGUUAUAUAUAUAUAUACAUAUAAAUAUUAGCUGAAUUGUCAGAAACGCAGAAUACAGAUUUUUCCUACUUAGUCUGUGUACCGCGGGUUGGUUUUGCGGAUUUAGUUGCUGAGGGAUAAAAGCAGAGGAUGCGUAUCUCACGUAAAAGAUUCUCGGGUCGGCUACAACGUUACUUGGGUGCAGGACUCGCGAAAUGACGAGUAGGAGCGCGGAAACAGGAAAGAAAAGAACGGAGAGGGAAAUGAAUCGCGACUGUCGAAAUCGUUUACCGAGUUAAUUUUGCGACCAACAAGACAAUGCUUUUUCAACUGUUAAAUACGAUCGCUGUGAUCUGUCGGACGACCAUUCGCCCGAUACGCGAACAAAAGAUCUCUCGUAUCGUUGCAGAAACCCUUUGCGAAAUAAAAAAGCAGGAUGUGAUGCAAAAGAAUAAAAUAUACAAGGUAGCCAAGAUUUAUCGAGAAAUAUUUCAGGUACAACUUGGUGGAUCUUGAAACCAAUCGUUCCUUUACAAAACAACAUAUUAAUUACAAGAUUAUGAUAUCCACUUACAUUUCUAAAAUGUAAUACUCUAGCAGAACAUACCUAAAAUAUUUUUCGGCGAACCUGAUGCACUUUGUACAAGAAUCGACUCACAUUGCUCAUAUAUAUAUAAUACUUAGUACUGAAAAUUAAUAACGGAAUGACGAACAUUUCGCAUAGACGAUGAGAUAAUUUCCCGAACGGCAAUAAGCAAUAGACAUCACAGCGUAGCGCUUAAAAGACUAAUCAGAUCGUAGCGUAUUUGUGAUAUGUUGCUGGCGUAAUUUUUCGUAGUUUCUUCCGAUGGUACUAUAUUUAUUAAGCACACACAGAGAGAAUUAAGCACGUUAUUAAUUAGCCGCGAUCGAAUGGUCGCCGACAGUCGUCAAAAGCAGUGAGCGUAACACGUUGUUCCUUUUAUUUGCGUUAUGUAUUUAUUUCUAUGUGUUAUGUAUAUAUAUAUAUGCUCGUUAUAUAUUGUACGAAUCUAUACUCGAUAUCACAAUAUACCAUAGCAUAUCGUCCGCGGACUGCAAUAUGAGAAAGCUAAAUUUGGUUUUUAUUUGCACACGGGGAAGAGAGACGCGAGUGAAUGUGCACAACGGAGAACUUUGCUAACAAGAGUCGCUCUCAUGAUAAUCCGAUAGUAAUCCAUAUAAUCUCCGUUUAAUGAUGAGUAAUAUUAAAAUAUUUAUCUUUCCACUAUUUGACAAGAAAGGGAGAAUUUUCUAAUCAAGAAUUGUACGAGAUUGUAAUUCGCACUUACUUAACUGUAUUCUGAAAAAGUAAAGUUCUCCAAUGCACGCAAAAUAUCGUUUGUUCAUACUUGAGAAUUUUUUACUCUUAGGAGUAACUCUAUGCGAAAUAUUGCGAAAUUUUCUAAUGGUCGCAAAAUUGGCAGCAAAAUUGGCAGCAAAAUUGGCAGCAAAUUUGGCAGCAUUCUCGACCGUGUAUAUUAAAGAUAUUUACUGUCGGGAGUUGCUUUCGGAAAUGAUUCUCAGGAUUGUGGUACGGGAACCAGUCACCCGGCACUGAAACGCUUUCGAUUUUGCUCUAAUGGCGAUGGUGGAAAUAUAUAAUAUAUAUCUUUUAUUAGUUUUAUUUUUCGUCGUUGUUGUCGAUACUACGUCGAUACUACUCUAACGUCCUAUAAAAGACAAGUGUUAUGUAGGUUUACAUUACAAGAGAGCCCUGUGUAUCCUUGGAUCACGGGGUGCAUGUAUAUUUUCAAAACUUCACGAUAUAACGUUCGUAUAUUAGUGAAUAUUUAUUUAGCUUGAUAUAAACUCUUGAAAGUGCAUCAAACGCGAAAGUAUAACAACGGAGCGGAACGAAAAGUGCGCAUCUCCGGAGAAUCCUUGUUAAUUGGGUUGCAAUCAAUUGCGUCUAUGAAUUGAUUUCCGCUUUUUGAGAAAUGCGCCAGACAAAUCCUGAUCGCCUUCGUAACUAUCGAGCUUCUCGAGCUCUCUCUGUCUACCUCAAGUUCCAACAAAUAUGCCGUUGUAAAUGUAAAAUCAGACAUUAUUGAUCAUUGAGAAAAUAACGUAACCAAGUUAAUAGGAAUGCGAAAUUUAUUUUGUAUUUAAAUUUAUGUUCCAAGUGAAAUUCGCAGAUAUGUUCCGCAUACGGUUUACUCUAGAAAUCUGCAUUUGGAUGCAGGGAUUAUGCUAAAUCAUUUGUUUGACAUCGGGUUUUCACUGCCUGAUUAAUGGUGAGCACAUUUUUCAUUCCACUCCGACAAAAGUAAGGCAGUAAAAUUAAAAUGUAAAAGGGAGAAAGAGGAUACACGUCGAACGUAGCAGUCGCGCGAACGCGAGGCGAGGGAUUUACCAUUCGUUUGUAUAUACAUAAUUUAAACGGUGACAAAACGGGAAACGGCAAAUUUUUAUAUAACGCAAAAAGGAGAGUGUAUAUCUCACAGAUCAGGGAAUCGUUCGGUCGUGCGCUCAAGUUGCAAAAAAGAAAAAAAACCGGAAGAUUGCAUUAGGGAAAUCAGCACGGUAGCCUGUACCGACGCGGACGCGCCCGCAUGUGUGUGUGUGUAGGGGGAUGGAAAAGGAAAUUUUUAAGGAUGAUGAUGUAUGUCGACUCUCAUCGUCGACCUUUGAACUUGACAGAAUAUUUUUUGAUGCAUCGCACGUUUACAGAAUAGAGCGACGAAAGGCGAGCUCCCUUUCUCUCUCUCUCUCUCUCUCUCACUCUUUCUCUCUAUCUCUCUCUCUUUCAAUUUCUUUCUCCCCUUUCUCUAUACUUGUCUUUCUCUUUCUAUCUGUUUUUCUUUCUCGCUGAAAAUCAGUGAGUGCAUAAUUCUCUCAGGCCGGAAAAUGAGAUAACUCUGUAAGAAUUCUUUCAGUCUCGAUGUCCUAUGUUUCCGACAGAUCCGCUGAGAAAAGAAAAGCUAUUUCUGUCGUCAAGCUACGUGCUUCAAAUGCGCCUUCAAUUGCGUCUUCAAACGCGCAACUGUACUUUUGAUAUGUCGCGACUCGUCACAACUGACGCACGCUGGAUUAAAACUACGUUAUUGGACACGGACUCAUCUAUAAUCUUCCCUUCGUUUCGUUUAAUUAAAGCCUUUCCCUUUUUGAGAUCGAGUCGGAUAUCACGCGAAUAUCUGUUGCGACCAUGACGUAACUCGACGAAAACGAGAUACCGGACACGAUCUGCUUAAGUCCGGGGAAAGCGAAAGCGGGAGAAAAAAAGCGAGGGAAAGGAGGAAGGAAACGAUACAUUUUAAGGAUUUGAGGAACGUUAUCAAAAGUAAGCAACUAAAUUAUUAUAUUGUACUUAUUGAGGCUAACGACGUUAGAAUUAUUAUGAUUAUCAUGGUUAUUCUUACUAUUGAGAUAAUUCUCCUAUACUCGACUAAUUAGAUUAGGACACUUAUAAAAUGAUCUCUCUCUCUCUUUCUAUUUCUCUUUCUCUCUAUCUCUCAUUCUUUCCGUCUAUCUGUCUUGUCUAUCUGUCUACCCAUUUACUGAUCUAUCGAUCUAUCUGUUCCGCUGCUCCGACUAUGUUAAUUCUCCACCGAUCGAACACUUCUGUCGCCAGUUCUCUCUACCCGUCUACCUGCCUUAUUUCUCCUUGUCCUCUCGUUCUUUAUCUUCUCCGAUUCUGUUUCUCUCUUUGCGCCUGUGUUUUCUCUCCCCUAUCCUCUCUUCCCUUUAUCGUCCACGUUUGCUCCGUUUUGCGUUCAAAUUGUGACUUCAAUUCAGCCGAAGAGAUGGUCUUUUUACUCUAGCCAGUGUUCUAGUCGAUUUAUCUUCUAUUCAACUAUUGUUCUCUCGUUAAUAAAAAAUCCGACAAAAAAAGAGCAGAAUAAGAUACAAAAAAAAGAAGAAGAAACAAC